CGCCAAUGACAGCAGGACAAACUGUCUCCUUAAGUAAAACAUAGGCAGGGCAUUUUUUAAAAACUCACUUUUUCUAAUUCGAUGCCACGAUGUUAUCUUUCAAGAGAACUUUUGAGAGCGAGAAGCAGCAGCUGCAGCAGCUCAACAGCAGACUGGCCCAGUAUCUGUCCAGGACCAAGCAGCUGGAGCAGGAAAACGCGCAGCUAAUCGCUCAGAUAAACAAACUCAGACAAGCGAGGACGGCGGGAUGGGAGCCCAAGUACCUGGGUGAGAUGCGGGACCUGAGGAGGAUGAUCGGGCAGCUGUCGUUUGAGAAGUCCCAGGCUGAGAUGGAGAGGGAGAAGCUAUGGCGGGAGUUGCAGAUGGUCCGGUCUCUGUGCAGCGAGCAGACGGAGGUGUGCCGGGACAUCAGCGGCGACAUCAAGAGCUACGAGAAGGAGCUCCACGUCGCGCACAAGACCAACGAGGAGCUCCAGCAGCGAUUUAUCCAACUGGAAAACGAGUACAAAUGUAUGGUAGAUGCGCACAGGCAAGAGGAGCGCCUCCUGCGUCAGGUGGAGUCCCGGGUGGUGCCCAUAAUCACGCAAACUUACCGCGGGCCUCCGGUGGCCACUAUGGAGGAGGUGCAGGAGUACGCCCGCGGAGUUUCCGAAGGAUGGAUCGAGACUCUUGAAAUGUACCAGGUGAAGGUGGAGGAAAUGGAGCAGGCGAUCAAAGCGGACCAGGCGAGACUGAGCGAUCUGCAGAGGGAGAAGAUGCUGUACGCGUCAGAGUUGGACAAAUUACACACAGAGGCGGAAAAACAAGGACAGAUUCAGUUCCGUCUGGAAAAAGAGCUGCACAUGCAGGAGAAAUUCCGGGUGGACUUCAGUGAAUAUCAGAUGAUUAUUGAGCAGCUGGAGCACGAGAGGAACAUGAUGGCUGACGCUGUUGCAGAAAAGAUGCGGGAGCAUCAGCACCUUCUCCAGGUUAAGAUGGAUCUGGGCAUGGAGGUGGCUGGCUACAGGGCUCUCCUGGAAGGUGAGAAACUGGAUCUCCAAAGUGCUCAUAGGAGGGGGACUCCACAUCAAAGAGAGAGAAUAAUAGACAUCAGGAUGCCCGCCCAGCCUUACACUCCAAGAGCUUCUACCUUAACCACCAGACAACAUGUGGGUAUCAGGUACACACCAUCGACUUCAAACCUGAGAAGAUCCCCUGUGCCUCCCUCCGGUUCCAUAAGUCCCUCUAGGGUCAUCCCUAUUUCAGUUGCUCGGCAUCAGAGUCCUGCAGCCAGAAGGGACAUGAUCUCAUUUACCAAAGCUCGGGCCGCCGCCUCUGCCCCGGCUACCACCCCCACCAAAGAUCAACCAACAGGCCAGAGUGAAGACCAAAUGAGACAACAUGCACAGAAAACUGCAUCUGAGGAGAAAAUUGUGAAAAUCAAACAGGUCUCUCAGGUAGAGAAGCAAGCCAGUCCCAUCAAGUCCACCACAACUGAGACCAAAUCAGUGAGAGUGGUGUCACCACCAAUGAUGAGCCUGAGCACCAAAACCGAGACAGAAAGCAAAAAGCAAGUGUCAGAUGAUAAAGGUGAUUAUGGAGGCGAGUUGAAAGAUAAAGGGAAAACAGAGUCUAUGCUAAGCCGAAGUGAGAAAAAUAUAUUAGAUUCUGUGUCUGUAGAGGAGAUCAUUGAGAAGGUGAUGAAACCAGCUGGUUUGGAAGCGAAGGUUUGCUCCUCUGGAGAUUCGAAGGUAAGGUAUCAUGUGGAGAAAAGUGAGCAAGAGGAUGGAACGACUAAGACACAGAUUGUGUUGGAGUCCAAAGUGGAGGAACAGCUGGAUGUUUCUGAGGACUUUGCACUGGAUGAACUGUUGAGCCAAGGGGUUAAGACGGUGUCCCUGGAAGACAUCAAGGACACAGCAACAGCAAGCAUGAUCAAGAACCUGCUAAGUGGCCUGCAGGGAAGCGAAAACUUGCAAAAUAAAUCUGUCAAUGUGGAAAUCAUUGCGGAACCUGUAGAGUCUUACAGUGAUGAGGAGCUUGAGGUUGAGCAGAAGUCUAGAUCCAGUUUUUAUGAGCCCUCCACAACAUAUUUCCAAAUUGAGGAGCUAGAAAAUGUCCCUCAAAGCUCUCCAGUUCAGAGUGGUGAUGGUGAUGCCAUGAAACCCUCCAUGACAGAUGCAGAUGGUGACAAAGGCAGAUCUGUGCAAGUUCAAGAGGUUUCUAGAGAGAGUGAAUCUUCCUAUUUCUCCCAUGACCAAGAGACCGAGGAGUAUUUUGUCUCCACACCAGAUGGUAAUCUCUCUGAAUCCGAGGAGGGCGGCGGCAUCACUUCAUACGGUCAUUAUGGUAUCGUAGAUGACCUGUCAGAUGAGCGGUAUUAUCAAGAUGAAAGUCCUCUCCCAAAAGGAGUGAUUGUAGAGGAAGGUGAUGAAUACAAGUUCACGCCAGGUGAUAGCUCAUUUGUCAAGGAGAGUUUCCCAGAGUGCAUCAUUGAAGAAGAGGUUCGUGUUUCCCCUGUAGUGCAGGAGUCAGUGCUGGAGUUCCUGAGAGAGGACUCUCUGGAGCCCCAAGAGCAGCUGAAGGGAGCUCUGGAGAAGCUGCAGAGCUCAGUGUCGGGUCCGCUGAAGGAAGAAUUGGCUUUCCUCACAAAAAUAAGCAGUGAAAGUCCUCAGAAUGUGGCUGUCAAAAAGGUGCAACAGUCAAGUGACAAUGGUACCAUGACUAUAGUGGCAGAGCUGAACGUCUCUCAAAGCCUGGAAGACUCGGGGCUGCUGGAAGCAGAUGAUGAUCUAUCUGAGGAGCAGAUCAUGGCAGCUCUCAGAUCAUCUAAUCUAGGGAAGGCCUUCCAGGGUGGGGCAGGAGGGGAAUACAGCAUCUCCAAAGAAGAGGAUGUGGCGUAUGGUGAAGAGUUCGAAGGACAGCCUGCAUCUGAAAUCACAGAGAAACACAUAAAACUGGGGCCGUCAGAAAAGUCUUUCACCUUCCAGAUGGGCGUGCAGGGCAGCCAUGGUGAGGCGACCUCAGAGCAAGAGAAGAUUCCUCAAGAGAAAAGAGUUGCAACAAUUUACCUUGAAAGCCUGACGGACGAUUAGGAAAGAAUUCUGUCUGAAAUAUUUUCAGAGUGUUUGCCAAUGUUACUUGUUGAGGUGCACAUUACAGAGGUUGUUCUAACGCAGCUGCACACAUGGCAUUAAUGCUGUUUGCAGACAAUGUAAUAACACUGCAAGCUUUGCAAAAAUAUACCUAAUAGAUUUUGCAGAAUGUGCCACCCAAUUGACCGAAUUAACACAUAUUUUUCUGGUAUUAACUGUGGCAGUGCUACUAUUACAAUACUAACUAAUAUCGGCUAGUUUAAGUUGAGAUUGUAACAUGUACGUAUUGUAGCAAAUUUCGAUGCUGGUUGAUACAGAUGGAGUGUUGCGCUGCUAUGUGUUAACCUUUUUACAGCUUGCUGUUUAUCUUCAAAGAGGCUUCUUUAUUCUCUCUAGAUUUUUCUAUUUUUGUACUAACUUGUGCUGUGCAUCUCAAACAGCCCAUUCUGCAGCUUACACCACCCCAUCACACCAACCAUCACAUCAAGUGUCUGCCAUAUUGUUGAUUCUAUUGCAAGCCUACUUAUGCCAGCUGGAGUUAUGAGGUGCUGUGGACUGUUUGCAGAUUGGGGCUUUCAUUUUUCUUUUGACUUGGGCACGGCCAAAUGGAAUUAUUUUAGUAUAUACUGCAUCCUGGAACACAGUAGUUGAUUUAAAGCAGAUGUGUACAGAAUGUAGUGAAGCUUGUAGCUGAGGAUAGUACAGUGGGAGUGGGCAAAGAUGGUAAUUGUCUUAAGAAACUUUGCAAGUUUUGAAUGCUGAAAGCAAAGUGUAGUGAAAGUAAAUGUGGCACUUAUAAGUGGUUGUUAAGUAACUUACAAGUUCAGUUAUUUUCAGAUUAUUUAACUUUACUCAAAACUAGUGGCACAUUACACAUAGUUUGAACUAAAAAAAGACUUGCCAAUUAUACAACCAAAACCGAGUUACACGAUAUGUCAGAACCAUCCAUCCAUCCAUGGAUGGAUGGAUGUUAAGGGAGCUGAAAAUAAAAAAUAGUAAAGAAUAGUGUUUGUGUGGAGUGCAUUUCCAGUGAAGUGAAAGCUAACUGCUUGCCAUUUCGCCAUGCUGUAUUUGUGCUCUCUUGGCGCUAUGUGCCCAGUUUUUGUAGCUUUUUUAUGAAGGCACCUGGUUGCAACUGUUUAAUUAAGUCUCAGUCUCACCAGGAACUUCCAGAAAACGGCAAAAUAAGAAGAAAAUACAGGCAGAGGAAUUACUUUAAUAUGAGUCUAUGCAUUUUUAAAAUAUUAUUUAGGAAAAUCCUGCACAGUAUACCUUACAUUGAAUUACAAAGAUUCAGUUGUAGAGUUGGUAAAGAAAAUAUAAUCAUGUGGUUUUGAUGUACCUUAAGUCUUUUCUGGACGCCUUUUUGCUUAGAAAUGUUUGUUCGUUAUCACAGCGUUGGCUUGAGGGAAUCACCUUUGCUCGCACAUACAAGUAUGUCCAUGACCGUGACUAUUUUUGGAUCAUCAGCUUAGUGGAAUUGACUGUUCAUUAGGGUUUGUUGUGUUGUGUACUAGUUGCAGAAGCAGACACGGUCCAUUAUGAUUACAGUCUGGCUACAUGCCUUUCACAUUUUUUUAAAUGGCUGCAAAAUAUACACUUUGUUGCUAUUGAGUAUUGUCUUCACAGAUUGGCUUCUUGGCACUAACAUGUUGAAUUAAUGUGCAGAAAUGCAAUGUUUAGCAUGAAUGCCAUGCUUUUAUAAGUAUGCUCCUGUUAGAAAUCUUCCAAAUGAAACCUAAUCAAAAACACUUGUGCUUUCAAGUGCCCCAAUACAACAUAUUUCCAUAAAUUCUCACCUGCAAAUUAAAGUAAUCUAAAGAAAACACUAUUACAUCAGUGCACUUAAAUUGUGGCUUAAAGGGACAGUUCACCCCAAAAUCCAAAAUACAUUUCCUCUUACCUUUAGUUAUCAAUAGAUUGUUCUUUAGUUGUUUUUUUGGCGUUUUGAGCACUACAAGCCGAGUGCCAUAGAGUUCCAUCAUAUUGGAUCUCCAACACCCAGCAGCUCAAAUCGACACAAUCUAGACUGAUUAAUAGCACUACAGGAGAGAGAAAAAAAAUUGUAUUUUUGAUUUGGGCGUGAACUGUCUCUUUUAAAAAGGAAUCUCUGUUAUGUAACUGUCAGUAAACAAUAUGUACACAGUGUAAUCUGGAUAUAAUGUGCCAUUUCAUAGCAUUAAAAAUGUGCAUGACAGCAUACAGGACAUGCAUUGAUGUAUGAAGACUGUUUAAUGAGUCAAAUGUUCAGUAAGUGUUUGUCACCAUGGAUAGUCCAACAACAUUGCUUUAACUGACAAAAUGAUAUCAAUUAAACAUUAAUGCUUUGGUGAAAAA